AUGACGAUCAUAGCCACCUACUUGUUGGCCGCAUUGGGUGGAAAUGCCAGCCUUAUGACGAAGGAUUUGAAGGCUAUUCUCGCUUCCAUCGGAGCCAAAGCAGAUGAAGCGAAAAUUGAAUUAUUAUUAUCUCAAGUCAAAGGAACAGACCUUAUUGAACUUAUUGUUUCCAGUAGAGAGAUGAUCGCUCCAGUGCCCUCCGGUGGCGGUGUUGCUGCAGUUGCUAGUAGUGGUGGUAGUGAGUGGUGGCCGAAAAGUAUGCGAAAGAGAAAGAAGGGUCUAAAGAGGAGUUUUGUUUCGAUCUCUUUGGUUAGAUAA